GGCAACGAGGAGGCGGAGCAGGUUUGGAAAAAAGCAGAAGCUGAUUGGUGGUGCUCUAUUUUGGGGGCGGGGCUUCCCCUUUUCUCCCUCCCUAUACAGGUAAAGCUGUUUUGUUUUUUUGUUUUUCCUGUUUGAGAGAGUGCGCGCACGCGCGGUGGGCACGACGACGGAGGCGGCGCGCGCUUCCCCUUUCCCAGUUAAGAGCGUGGGAGGAAAUAAAAGAGGCGGAGCGUAAACAAAACCGUGGGCGCUGAUUGGUCGUCGCCGUAGUUUAGAGGCGAGGCAUGACAUUUGGCCACACCUCUUCUCUUUCCUUUUGGAGGGAGAGGGAGAGAAAGAGCGUGAGUGAGGAACGCGCACGCGCGCUGGGCACGGCGGCGGAGGCGCGCGCCGGGCUCUCCUUCUGUCUCUUCGCGGGCCCGCGCGCGCCGCUUUCCUCGCCUCGGACAUGGCGGCGGCGGCAGCAGCGGCAGCGGCGCCGACGACGGAUCUCAACGCGGACCGGCUGCGCUCGCUGCCGUCCAGCUGGAGCUACGGGGUCAGCCGCGGCGGACGCAUCUUUUUUAUCAACGAGGAAGCGAAGAGCACGACUUGGCUGCACCCGCUGACGGGAGAGGCAGUCAUCACCGGGCACCGACGCAGCCCAGACCUACCUACAGGCUGGGAGGAAGCCUAUACUUUUGAAGGUGCAAGAUACUACAUAAAGUUUUCAUAACCAUUCUACGAGGACAUUGAGAAAACAUGUUAUUCCGUGAAAUUUGUAUCUAAGGAAAACGAUCAGUGAGCAUCAAGAUUUAGUCACCGCCACACAUGGGCUCAUAGAAUUAAUUAUGCAUAUCUUACUUAACUUGAAGAUCUCAUUACCUUUUUAAUGAAAAACAAAGUUCCUUGGAUAUGGAGAAGAAUGUAGUAGGAGUGUCUUAUGCUAAAGUUUCAGUCAGCAACAAGAUUAUCUGGCCUUUCUACUUUUAAUUUGGAGAUAAGAUUAGAACUUCUUUCCAAGAUUGCUUACGACAGAUGCAAUAUGCAGAAGUACCCCUUCCCCUUUUGCUCUAGUAAUAUCAUGAAGUGGGUAUGAUAACUGGAAUCUUAUUCAGGGAAUCUAGAUUCAAAUAUCAUCUUAGCCAUAAGGAAACCUGAUUAACCCCAAACUCCUCUACUGUACAGUGCCAUGCAGAGGUGUUUUCACACACACAGUCUUUCCACAGUUUGAUACAUUACAACCUGAGAUUGAAAGGGAUUUAAUUGACAUUGUAAUCAAUUUAUGUACUUGAGAUAUUCAACACUUUGAAGAUGCAAAAUAUUAUUGUAGCAGAAAAACUAAAGAAGUCCAUGAUACAGUUUUAUGUCUGGAAAAGUUACAUCCGUAAGGCACUGUACGUUUAUAGUCUUUCAUAGGAAUUUUGGUAUGAUAUAACUACUAUAGAGAGAUAAUAUUUAGUUUACUCAUGAGCUUUUUUACGAAGUAAAUCUUAAGGUGGCGUUUAUAUUACUUGGAUUUCCUAAUGACCCUUGCAGUGCCUUACAACUUUACAACUCUACCUUUUUUUUUCUUUUUUUUUUUUACAAAAUACAUAUAUGAAUUGGUUUUGUAUCAGAAGUUCCAAAACUGUCUUAAAUAAUGUUUCACUCUAUAUUGCUAAAAAUGAUAGGGAAAUUGAAUUUAAGACCUUAUCUAUACAGUAUAUAGUGAAGUGAUUUCUUUGCAAAGCCAUACCUGCACUCAUCCAUGUAGUGCUUAACAGUGGAUAUGGCAGGAUAGAUAUGACUUGAAUUUUCUGUGAAGGGAGAGCAGGCAUUUACAUCUACAAUCAUUUGUGUUGUAGAUACUUCCUUCUUAGGAUGCAGCACAUUUUUCAUCUAAGACUUGGUGAAUUCCAAAUUGUGAGAGCAAUUUUCUAACUUUUCAAUUUAAUAUAUGUAUUUUGGGUUAGUAUAACUUUUGACUUAGUAUACAGCCAAGGUAUCCACUGGCAUUUUGGUAGAUGCUUAAGUCGCAUCAGUGGGUUCUUAAACCCACUAUAUAGAAUGGCAUAGUAAAAUGGUGUCCUUUAUAUAAAAUGGCAAAAUCAUUGCCUUUUGGAAUAAAAAUAUAUUUUUUUCAAACCAUGGAUGAUUGAAUCUUUGGAUACAGAGGACUGAGUAUAUGUACAAAUAAAUGUAUUUUUAGUGCAUGGACGAGCAUUUGAACAAAGCCAUAUUGUGUUUUCUCACUUAGUUUUGUUCCUUCUCCUUGUAUCUACAAAUGUUUAUGCUGUCACUCCUCCUAUAUUGUUUUAUGCAUGGUAUGAAUGAAAAACCACAAAGGAUAGCAAAUUGUCCUAGGACACCAAGAAUAUGCUGGCAUAAUAGAUGUAACCAUAUUACCUUUGUUACAGAUUCCUUAAAUAAGGUCUUGUUUGUAACAUGCCUUAAACCAGGGGUCCUCAAACUUUUUAAGUGGAGGGCCGGUUCAUGGUCCCUCAGAUUGUUGAGGGGCCGAAUUAUCAUUUGAAAAAAAAAAAACGGAGCAAAUUCCUAUGCUCACUGCACAUGUCUUAUUUGUAGUGCAAAAACAAAAACAAAAAAAAAAACUCCAACAACCUUAUUUAUUUAUUACAUUUCUACCGCACCCUCUCUCACCCCGAAGGGAACUCAGAGCGGCUUACAAGUUGUAUGUACAUACAUUAUAUUAUAUUAUUAGCAUAGCACAGUAUUAGCAUUAUAUAUUACUACAUUGCACUAUAUCACUAUACCGUAAUAUUAUUAGUAACAUUACAUUUAAUAUAUAAUAUACAAUUAAUAUUAUUAUAUUAUACAAUAUUAUUAUAUUGUAUUAUUAUUAUUAUUAACCGCCCUGAGUCCCCUAUUGGGUGAGAAGGGCGGGGGUAGAAAUACUGUAAUAAAUAAAUAAAUAUUAUAUUGUAAUACAUUAUAAUAUUUAUUAUCAAUAUUAUAUGUAUACACUAUAUUUUUAUUACAAUAUAUUAUAUUAUUACCAUAUCAUUCAUUUACAAUAUUUCCUUUACAAUAUUGGUAAAUGAAAAAACAAUACAAUAUUUAAAAAUAAAAAUAAUUUUAACCAACAUACUGUAAACUUAUCAGGAUUUCAGUGGGAAGUAUGGGUCUGCUUCUGGCCAAUGAGAUAAUCAAGUAGGAUUGUUGUUGUUGUGCCUUCAAGUCAUUUUAGACUUUGGGCAAGCCUAAGUCUAAAACUGAGGGCGGGGGCCAGGUAAAUGGCCUUGCAGGGCCGCAUCUGGCCCCAGGGCCUUAGUUUGGGGACCUCUGCCUUAAACCAUGAAGACAUAAUUAGCCAUUGCACAUAUAAGGAUUAAAACAAAUAAGUUACUCACUUAUAUUAUACUACAAUACAGUUUAAAAAACAACGGGGUAAACAGGCUUUGGCUUCCAAAGUCCUAGGCUUGUUAUUAGCGUCCUGAGACCUACCCAUCCUCUAAUGCCAACUAUAUUACCUUGGUUAUUUCUCAAACUAGGUAACAUAUAGGUACAUCAGUGUAACACGAUUUCUCCUACUCUUCAAACACUAUAACUGAUUAUCUGCUCCAAUUUUCUCUCAUGUAUGUCACAGCCAGUUGCCAUUCUUCCUUAAACUUCUCUGUUUUGUUAUCCUGAUAAAGAUUGUCAAGACUGUCCAUUUCAACUAAGAAUAUUCAUUGCUUUUGAAAACUUUUAUGUAUGGUUUACAUGCUUUCUGAUGUUGCAUUUGCAAAAUAUUUACCCAUGUUUUGCCAACCAUAGGAUACUAACACAAUAUGCUUUAAAACAAUGUUUCUCAGUUAAAAGGAAGGACUGCAAUUGAAGUGUCAGUGCUUUGAUGCAGGCUUCAACCAACUUUCAAGUGAGUCAGACAUACAUUUUAAAAUGCACCUGCUUUCAUAUGUAGUUAGAUCUUUAUUCUACACAAUUUAAGUUCCAGUGAUCACAAGCUUCAGGCAGCUGUUAGUUUUCUAGAUCUUUUCAGAGGUUUCACUAAUCAUGAGAACUGGUUGUACAACCCAUCAGUAUGCUUGUCUACAGAAACCACAGCGCACAUGUUGAAACAAGUUAUCUUGUACUGUAUAUGAAGCCAGCGGUCCUGUGAAUACUUGGUAUAUUUGCAUACCCUUUUGUAUGUUUUCCUAUAACUACAAUUUGAAGCUUACUCUGGUUCACAAUUCAGUACUGCUCAAGUACAACCCAACUUUGGGUCAGAUCCCUAAUCAUUACAUAUGUUAAAUAUCUUUUCUUAUAUUAACAUAGACAGAUUCUAAUACAGUGUUGGGCAAGAUGCGGUGCCAUCACUAAACUAGUUUUUGCAGAUCACAGAAGCCCUUAUGUCCCAUCUAACUGUACAAAAAUGAUGAGAGACAUCUCCAUUCUCUCCCCCCCCUCCAAGAGAACAAUGCCAUUUAACUCUAGGUUGCUGCUGGAUAUUUUACAUCUGUGGGGAACAUUAUGCUUUCUCGCAUUUUUAAAACUUGUAUGAGAAUUUCCAUACAUCCAUAUUUUUUCAAAGUAAGAAAUUACUGCUCGGUUUAUGAGCUGAAGGGAAGCCUCUUCAGGACAAAAUAAAAUGACUUGUUGGAACAAGCAACAUCUCUAGAGAUGUACAGGAACGAUUGGGUAUUUGGAGGAAAAACAUUCAAACCCCUAUAAUUUUGUGGUGGGGCUGUGUAUAUACCUGGACUAAACUUAGCACACAGAUCCCCUAUGAUGCAUUUUACAUCCUGGUGCGGUUUGGAGAAGGAUAGACCGUGGAUGAUGGGAUUUGCAGUACCUUCACCCGUUUCCACAGGUCAUUGCCACCUCCACAAAUGACAGACCUGCACCAAACUUGGGACACAGACCACCCAUGUCACACUUUAUGUCCUGGUGAAGUUUGGGGAAGGAUGGACCAUGGAUGAUGGGAUUUGCAGUACCCCUUCACCCAUUUCCACAGACCACGGUGAACCCCACGAAUGACAGAACUGGACCAAACUUGGGACACAGACCCCCCCCCCACCCCCAAUGAUGCAGUUUAUGUCCUGGUCAGGCUUGGGGGAGGAUGGAUCACAGACAAUGGGAUUUGCAGGGCCAGCUUUGCAUACUGGCAGGCUUUGGGGAUGAUUGACCUUGGAUUCAGGAGUUAUAGUUCACGCGCAUCCAGAGAGCACUGAACUCAGCUGGUGACGGAUCUGGACCAAACUUGCCACACAAACCCAACAUGGCCAACUUUAAAUACUGACAGGGUUUGGAAAUUUUUGGGAAUUGUAAUUCACCCACAUGCUUAUGCAUUCCUAAAAAACAAAAGGAAAGGCUGACGUUUUCCCUAAAAAAUAGUUAGAAAUUACCAAACUAAUAUUACCUAACAUCCAAAAACAAGCAAUAACCUGGGCAUCACCGGGUACCCAAGCUAGAUGUAAACAAAAGUUUAGCUAAAUUGUUAUUACAAGAGCUUAAAAGCAACAAUUCUAUUAAAAGCACAUUGCUAAGAGUUCUCAAUACCUUUAAAACAUCAUUCAAAACAUUCAAAAUUAAAACACAGCAUCCCACUUUCAAGAACAGCUUGGGCAUGUGAUUAAAAUUGAAAGGCCAGCUUAAACAGAAAUGUCUUAACCUGCUGGAAAGUGAGCAGGAAGAGGGCUAACCAACUUCCUAUGGAAAAGAGUACUGCAGCCUGUAGCCAACCACUGUGAAGGCUGCUUUCUGGGUCCUUACCAAAAUGUGGUUAUGUUGAUAGUGGAACAGAGAAGAAGUACUCCUGGAAGAUCUGACUUGAAUUCUUCCCCAACCAGCUCCCUUAAUUCUGGACAUUGUUUAUGUUGGAUAUGAUUUGUAGGCAUUGAAGCUCAGGAACCUGGAAGGUUAGGGGAAGGCUGUGCAAAUUGAGUGGCCAGUAUAGGCCACCUUAAUCCAUGUCAAAAGUGGGAUUUGAAUUUGGAGCUCAUUUAGUGUGCUUAUGCCACCUUUUCAUUUUCUGUUAGAACUUUCUAAUAUGGGAAUAAUAAUUUAUUUGCAAAGAUUUUCUGUUGUGAGGAGAGCAGCAAGCAAAUCAAAGGUUCAGUGUUUAUGUAAAGCAGGCUGUUCUCAUGGUUUAUAGCCUUCUUCUUCAUAUGGUUUGUUAUUGCAAAUUUGUUUGGAUGUUCUAAGUAUGCUGCCUUGGAGGGCUUGUUCAGCAUAGAAAGGUGGUUUAUAAAUAUUUUAACAAAUCUUAUCAGGCAAGUGGCAGAAAAUCUGACUGACAUUUUCUUGCUCUUGUGUCAUCAAAGGCUUUUUUGCCAACAUUUUUUUCUAGUCUGUCAAACUAUUUUUGGCCAGCAAAACUGCCUUAGGAUUUUUGACUUUUUUCCCCUUGUCACAAUGGAGUGAGGAUUAGCUACUGAAAAUAGGAAUGUCCAAAUACCUUGGGCCUUGUUUUCUGGCUGGUCAUCUUUAGCAAAAGAUUCUCUUUUUCUGGAGAUUUGUGUGACUCUUUUAGAACUUUCUCUUCAAGCUUGAAAUGUAAAACAAAACAAAGCUUCUCAUGGUCAGUUUGGUUUGUAUUUCUUCUAAAAUAAGCAAAAGUUAGCAGAGAAUAAAUGGAUUACUUAAAGCGCUGGCUACUGGAAAUCUCAUUGCAAAGAAGCUGCUCCUUUUUCUUCUUUGGAGUAGUGGACUUCCAAAAUUUCUCCUUCCUUGUAUAGCUCUAAUGAGGCAAGACCUCAAGUGUAACCUUUCUGCACAUUGAUAUAAACUUGAAAAUGAUUGACUGUUAUAAGCAUAUGUGGUAUGUUUACUUUCUUUCAACACCAACAUCAAUUCUACACCUGUCAUUUUUUCAGUAUAUGAGACAGGUCUUCCUAAGAAGAUGUCUCUUGAGUGACUUCUGUCCUUUCCUCAAAGAUUCAGGAGCAACGUUUAUUAAAUUUCUCACUUUCUUUCUAAAAUUCAGCUUCUCUGUAUUCUGACUUGAAGCAUAGAAUAUGUUUGUGCAGUUGUUGAUUAUAUGUCUCCCUGCCUGCAUUCAAACAAGAAUCUGAUAUAAGUGAUGCUGGAUGACAGUG